ACAUACACACUACAUAGGUCGGCACCAUUCGUGUGUGUAUUGUUAUGAGGGUUUGACAGCUGCCUGCGGCUAAAAGCUAUAGCAACAGAUUGAUUACAUACAGAAAAACGAUCUUCCGCUUCAGAUUGUAUAAUUUUUUCUGAGGUUACUGUUCUCUAAUCUAUCGAAAGAACUUUUGGAGAAACCAAUAUCAAAUGCCACAUCAACGAGUCAGGAAAUGAAUCGCGAUAAUCCCAGCAAACCGAAGUCUGCAAUACCUGCAUAUUUAGUAGGAGAUGCUGAAGAUCCAUAUCCUAGCCUUUCAGAUAUACAUGAUUAUGAGCCAAAUUUGGAAUUUGAUGAUUCUGAACUUCAACAACCAGUAAAUGCAGAAGGUGAUGCCAGUGGAAUAGAAGUAGAAGAAUUUCUAGAAACACCUGUGUCUGAUGGCACCAUUGAAGAAAAUUUUGAAGAGGCUUUUGGCUUGCCGUCUCUGAUUCCAGAAUAUCCAUCCCUAAUUCCUGCUUUAGGUGAACUUUCAAAAGAAGUUGUAGAUGAUUUCCUUGAUGUUGCUCAACAUAGAAUUGUGGAUGUGGUGGGUGACGACACUUAUGGACGUAAAGUUAUUGUUGUUUCUGCAUGCAGAUUACCAAGUAACAAAGUGUUGGAUCAUAAUAGAUUAUUGAGCUACCUGAUGCACACUUUAGACAAUUAUGUUGAAACUGAUUACACUGUUGUGUACUUCCAUCAUGGUCUCAACAGUCAGAACAAACCAUCUUUUCGAUGGCUUUUGCAGGCUUAUCGAGCUUUCGAUCGCAAGUACAAAAAAAACUUGAAAGCGUUGUACCUCGUACAUCCGACGAACUUCAUUCGAGUCAUUUGGCAAUUGUUCAAGCCAUUUAUAAGCAUAAAAUUCGGGCGUAAAAUGAUGUACGUCAAUUACCUCAGCGAACUGGGAAACCAUAUCCAUCUAAAUCAAGUUUGCAUACCACCUCCUGUUCUGACACAUGAUGCUAUGUUGGUGUCAAAAAAUGCAAAUAAAUCUGGACAGGAUUCUCAAGUGGAUUCCGCGUCCUCUAGCCAGCCUUUACCCACCCAACAAUUUGGUGUGUCACUGCAAUUUAUCAAGAACCACAACAACGGACAGGUGAUUCCGCCGAUAGUUUGCCGAUGUGUGGAAUUUCUUAGCCAACCGGAUGCUCUAGAAACGGAAGGGUUAUUCCGCCGUUCAGCAAGUGUAACAUUGGUUCGUGAUGUCCAGUCCCGUAUUAAUCGGGGUGAAACCAUUGACUUUCAGCAUGACUUUCCUGGUGAUUAUCAUCUAGCUGCAGUAACGUUAAAAACGUUUUUACGGGAACUAAAAGAACCCCUUAUGACUUUUGACUUGUUCGAUGAUAUCAUCAAUUUUCAGCGCUUAAACAAGGAGGAGCGUGCUCAAAUGGUGAAAACGCUUAUCUUGGAACGGUUGCCCGAAGAUAAUUACAUAUUGUUGAAAUACCUCGCACAAUUUCUUGCUAAAGUUCAAGACAGGAGCGACCUUAACAAAAUGACAUCUUUCAAUCUUGCUGUGGUGUUUGGGCCCAAUUUAGUCUGGUCUCAGAACCAGCAAAUGUCUUUAGCGGCCAUUGGUCCCAUUAAUGCCCUAACGGAGCACAUAUUGUCUCAUUAUGCAGAAAUUUUCAUCCUAUAAUUGAGACAUUCCAAUGGCCACCUAGUCUCGGCGACUGCUAUUUAUAUUUUGUUUUUGUUGUUUUCAUUUUGAGCCUCUUCAUUAUAAGAUUAGAAUCGUGCUUAUCAAGUUUAGUUCUCGGUUGUGUCAAGUGAGUGUUUUGCAGGUCAAGGUGUAUACAAAUACCUCUCAAAUUAUAUAUAUUCUGACAUCA